AUGGACGAAGGAUGUUGGGAAGAUAUGGAACUUUUAGAUGAUGGGGAUGAUGAUGAUGCAAUUGUUGAUGUAUGGAAGAAGUUCAUAGUUCAGGAAAGAGGGCAGAUAUAUUGGGAGGAUAUCUGCAAGGAAGAUAUUAAGUCUCGAAGUCUAGAGAUAGAACAGCUAGAAGGGGAUCAACUGGAGGAGGAGGAGCAUGAGGCUGGGAACGAGCCUCCGAUGAUUGUCGGUGGAGAAGCUGUGGCAGAUCUUGAAAGUUUAAAAGAAACGGUGAUGAGUCUGAUGACUCAGAUGACUACAAUGGAAGGGAAUUUUAAUAACAAGCUUGAGGGCUUUGACAGAAGACUAAAAAUGUUGGAAGGAGAUAGUAUUGGGAGAAAAGGUUUUGAAAAUAUGGACUUUCAAUAUAAUGAAGAUGGUGGAACGUCUGGACAGCAAGAGAAAGGUAAUGAGGACGAGGAGGAUGAGGAUGAUGGGAAGGAGGCUGAGCAUGAUGAUGAUAAUGGCGAGAAGGAUGAUACUGAGAAAGAGCAUGAGGACGAGGAGGCUGAGGAUGAUGGGAAUGAGCACGAGGACGAGGAUAAUGACGAGAAGGAUGAUACUGAGAAGGACCAUGACGAGGAGGCUGAGGAUGAUGGGAAUGAGCAUGAGAACGAUGGGAAAGAGCCUGAAAAGGAGCUAGAGAUGAUGCUGAGAAUGAUGGGAAAGAGGCUCAAAAGGAGCUAG